AUGGCGGAAAAAGAGAAACCAAAGAAACAGGUUCGAUAUACGACUGAAUAUUAUAUCAGAAUUCAUCAUAAAUAUUAUGGGACUGAUAAAGAUCUUUACAAUCAUAAAAAAGGAAUUCUCUACAGCCAUUUCAUAAGUAAUGUAUUGUCGCCCAAUGUAAGUCUUGAGGAAACGAAACGUAACAUUGAUUUACGCGAUAUUGACAAUAAUGUUUAUAUUUACUUUCAAAAGAUCUUCUACUGGCCAUUAUUUUUAAUAUUUGGACUUAUUAUUUUGUUUCUGAACGCGCCAUUGGAAUAUUGGGACGAAUCAAUGAUUGAGACUAUAUUAAUAAAAGGAUUCCUACGAUUUGCUAUUACGAUAAAUAUAUCUUGGUUGGUGAAUAAUGCAUACUUGGUCUGAAACAUUAAGAAAGAAGAAAAGUUAAUACACAUUUCAAAGACGAUUAGUAAUAAUUUCUUCUCUCUACAAACUGUUUCUUAAAAUACGAA